AUGGCUUUAAGGCGUCAAUUAGGUCAAUUGCAAAUGGAACCAAAUGAGACAGUAGCGCAAUUCGUGAAUAGGUUAACUGUAUUAACCAACCAGAUGAAGAGUUAUGGUGAAGCAGUUACUGAUUCAAUGAAGGUUGAAAAGGUUAUCAUGGGUUUAACACCCAAAUUUGAUAAUUUAGUUGCUGCAAUUGAACAAUCUAAGGACCUAGACACGUUGAAAUUGGAACAAUUAAUAUGUUCUUUAGAAGCUCACGAAUUGAAAUUGAAGAAUAUAGAUGGUGUCAAGAAAGAUGAGAAGGAAACUGAGAAGGCAUUGUUUACACAAUCUCAGAAAAAAGUAAGUGGUAGUAAUGAAUCUUGGAAGAGGAAAGAUGAAUGUGUAAAUUCUAAGGUGCCUAGGAAGAGAAAUGAAGAGGAAAAGUUAGCUCGUGACUCAGAUGAAGAAGUUGUUGCAUUAGUGGCAACAAUUGAUGAAGAGGUGAUGAUGUUGAUGAGAGUUACUGAAGGUGGUGGAAUAGAAUGGUGGUACUUGGAUACAGUGUACUCUAAUCACAUGAGAAGCCAUUUAGAAUGGUUUUGUGAAAUUGACAAAAAUGUGAGAAGGAAGAUUAGACUUGGUGAUGUUAUAUAUGUCAUUGCAUAA